CUACUCGCGGGAAACUACUAGGCUACAUGGGUAAAAUAACCAAUCCUGUAGGACUACUUGUAGACUACAUUGGUGGGUUUGUUGGUUGUGGGGGACAGCAUAAUUUACGUAACCAUAAUUAUGCGAUAUGAUAACACUGUAAUUUAGCCAAUAUUGUUAUGAGUGUCCAGAAUCCCCAGGAUUGUGUGAAUUUAUGGAAAUAUGUCCAAGAAAAGGGGCAGAAAGCGUAGCAGCGGUGAGCUGAGUGAGAGUUCAGGUUCGUCAUUGUCAUCGACCCCGGACCCUAACAACCUGCUGGGCAUGCGGAUUGAGCACAUCUGGAGGGAGAAGGGCAACCUGACCAAGUGGAAAGGCACAGUGCUGGAGCGCCUCACCGUCAACACCUCCCUCUACAUGGUCAAAUACGACGGAUUCGACUGCGUCUAUGGCAUUGAGCUGUUCAAGGAUGAGCGAGUGUCCAACCUCCAGGUUUUAACAGAGAAAGUCGUAAACAACAAGAUCAAGGUGCCCCAUGAUGCGCCAGAGCUGGUGGGGAAGGCUGUGGAGCACCUGUUUGAGAAGGAGGACGGUGAGAAGAACGAGUGGCGGGGCAUGGUGCUGUCUCGCGCCCCCAUCAUGACCAACUGGUACUACAUCACCUAUGAGAAGGACCCUGUGCUCUACAUGUACCAGCUCUGGGACGACUAUAAGGACGGAGACCUCCGCAUCCUCCCUGAAGCAGAGAACAAACACCUACUGCCUGCAGACAGGAAGCCAGGCGAGGAGACAGAGAGCCUUGUGGGUAAGCAGGUGGAGUACGUCACGGAUAAGGGCGUGAAAAGGACGGGGCUGGUUAUCUACCAGGUUCCAGCCAAACCCUCUGUCUACUACAUCAAAUACGACGAUGACUUCCACAUCCACGUCUACGACCUGGUCAAAACGACCUAGAAUACAACUCUACCCGGUCAAAGCCCCCUAGAAAGGACUAGGCCCCCCUGCCUCCAACCCUCACACCUGUACACUCAUCUUAGGUUGAGGCCUAUUUCAACUCAAGUCAAUUCAGGAAGAGAGUUGAAGUUCAGUAUUCACCAAAGUCAAAAUAUUGGGAAACUUAAUUCAUUAUUGGAAUGUCAAUCCAUUUCCUGAAUUGACUGGAUUGAAAUGGAACUCUGCAACCAUGACACUACCCUGCCAUUAUUGUGGACAUAUUCCCUGACCUGUGUCUUGUCCAACGUCAGAAGUUUGCUAAAAGUGUGAACUCUGUGACUCAUAGUGACUAGUGUUUUGUAAACAGUGCAAAGCUUGCAUGUAUUUCCUUUGCUUUUAAGAAACAAGUGAUUAAGCAGUUAUGUCUGAUUUUGUUUGGCUAAGAAGUACUAAUUAUAAAUCGCUCUGGAUAAGAGCGUCUGCUAAAUGACUAAAAUAUAAAUGUAAGGAAGUAGAUAUUAUCAAUGAAAAUGACCUAUGUUGAUGUUCAAAUGUGUUGCUAGAAUAAGUGCAAUAAAAAAAUGAUUUAAUAGAAAUUAUAAACAACUGCCAAGAUUUGACUGCACAUGUCUCAGAAUAGCCAAACACCAGCUGAGGUCAAAUUAUUAGACCUACUAGUUUCAUGAGUACAGAGAAGUCAUGUUUAUUUGAGCCAGACAUUUAAAUACUAUCGGCUGUCACUGCAAGACAUUUUGGAUUAUAAUAUACCCUUAGUCAUGGUUGAAUAAUCAAAUAUUUCUGUCACGUUAGAACGCUGUGAACGUAACUGUACUUGCUUUUGUAAAUACCUGUAUUGUGAGGCAUUCUUGAAAAUACUGCAAAGAUGCUUUGGUAUGAUUUGCUGUUAAAUAAUGCAUGAUUUAGAGAUUGCAGCAAUUGUUGGUUCAUUAUUGUUUGUUUCAUUAUGGUGGGUAACCACCCCAGUUGGUAAAGCAGCACAAUAUAUACAAAAAGACAGAAGGACAAAUGGUUUCUCCAUCAUUUAAUCCUCCCCCCCUCCAACAUUUUAAAUAAACAUUUAAAAUCAAAUCAAAGUUUAUUAGUACAGAGAUUAGCAGAUGUUAAAGCAGGUGCCGCGACAAAACAAAAUAAAAAUAAACAAGAAAUUAAGAAACGAGCAAUGUUAGAGUCCGGAAUAUUAAUACAGGGUGUGUAUAGACAAUAUCUACAAUAUACGGUGUAAGUAGUAAAAGGGUAUGUACAGCAGUAGUUGUAUAGGAUGAGCUAUGUCAAGAAUACAGUAUCCCACUAGGCACAAAUGUCAAUUCAACGUCUUCCACAUUGGUUCAAUGUAAUUUCAUUGAAAUAAUGUAGAAACAACACCUAAAGUGGACAUUGCUCUUGGCUGCAUGGAGUCGCAUUAACAGUAAUCCCAUGCAGCCUUGUUUACAAGUUUGAACACUGGAAGAUGACAUUUAAUUUACACCUCGAGCAGGAUGAUAGAGCGUAAUUAUGGGGCGGGUGUAAGUGGGGCGGGUGUGGUUUCAUGACAAUGAUGGCAAGAGCAGCUGCUCACCUAUUUUACCCAAUGCAGUUCCACCUCCAACACCGCCAAAACAUCCGCUAUGCGGGUGUCUGCUAUCGCCAGUUAAUGCUUGAUCUGAUUGAAUCUAGGCCGGCUAGUGAUGACUGUUUAACAGUCUGAUGGCCUAGAGAUAGAAGCUGCUUUUCAGACUCUUGGGGCCAGCUUCGAUGUACCUGUACUGUCUCUGCCUGCUAGAUGGUCGCAGGGUGAACUUGGGUGGCUGAGGUCCUUGAUGAUCUUCUUUGCCUUCCUGUGAUACCUGGUGCUGAAGGUGUCCUGGAGGAUAGGCAUUGUGCCCCAGGUGAUGCGCUGGGCAAGACCGCACCUCCCUCUGGAGAGCCCUGCGGUUGCGGGAGGUGCAGUUGCCAUACCAGGCGGUGAUACAGCCCGACAGAAUGGUGCUCAAUGGUGCAUCUGUAGAAGUUUGAGAUGGUCAAACAUGACUCCAAGCCAAAUUUCUUCAGCCUCCUGUGGUUGAAGAGGUGCUGUUGCCCCUUCAUCACGGUAUCAGUGUAGCGGUACCAUUUCAGGUUUCUCAGGAGGAACUUUGCACUCCGUGGAACUUGAAGCUUUUGACCCUCUCCACUGUGGCCCCGUGGAUGGAGGCGUACUCUCUCGGCUGUCUCCUGUAGUCCACAAACAACUCCUUCGUUUUCUUGACAUUGAGGGAGAGGUUAUUUUCCUGGCAAACACUUCGCCAGGGCUCUCACCUCCUCCUUGUAGGCUGUCUCGUCAUUGUUGGUAAUCAGGCCUACCACUAUGUCGUCAGCAAACUUGAUGAUAAAGUUGGAGACGUGCGUUGCCAUGCAGUCGUGUGAAUGGGGAGUACCUUCACCACCUGGAGUUGGCCCAUCAGGAAGUCUAGUUGCACAGAGAGGGGUUCAGACCCAGGGUCCUGAGCUUAGUGAUGAGCUUGGAGGGCACUAUGGUGUUGAAUGCUUAGCUGAAGUUGAUGAACAACAUUCUCACAUAGGUGUUCUUCUUGUCAAGGUUGGAUAGGAAAGUAUGCAGUGCAAUGGCGAUUUCGUCUUCCAUGGAUCUGUUGUGGCGGUAUGCAAAUUGUAGUGGGUGUCGGGUAAGGUGGAGGUGAUAUGGUCCUUAAAUAGCCUCGCAAAGCACUUCAUGAGGCAGGGGUGAGGCUGUGGAUGUUUGUAUGUCAGCAUGUUGUCAUUUUUGUGUAUGUUUUGUAUUGUAUAAUAAAACGUCUUUUUUUUUUUUACAAAAAAGAGCACUUCAUGAUGACAUUUAGAUCAGUAACCUUUGCUUUCUUGGGUACAGGAACAAUGGUGGACAUCUUGAAGCAAGUGUGGACAACAGAAAACAAUUUUGUAAUAUGAUUCUAGCAGGUAAUUACUGAUUGUUAUAAAUAGUUCAAUUGAGCAAAAGCUUUAAUAAACACAUUAAACCACACUUUGAA